AGGUAGUUCAGGGAAAGAAAUUGGAUAUAUUUUUAAAAUAGCUAACGGUAUCUGAUUUGUAAUGGGGACGCCAUCAGACAAAAGUUGGAUGACGUCGUACCGAUUUAGUUCAUGUUAUAUUCAAGGGGUCAAAAAAUUUCUGAAUGUUGCAAAAGACUUUACUGAUUCAAAUGGCAGAGUUCGAUGUCCAUGCAAGAACUGCAUCAAUAUUUAUUUGAAGCCAUUGCAAGAAGUCAAAAUGGAUCUAUAUCAAUAUGGAAUUAGUGAAAACUACACAAACUGGGUGCACCAUGGUGAGACUUCUCAACCUCGUGAUAGUUUUGAUGGCUCUAUUAAUUCGGACAAUGAAUUGGAGGAUAGUGGAAAUGAUGUUUCAGAAAUGUUAGAUGAUAUGUGUAAUGCAACUUUUAUGGACACCGACAUGGAAGACAGACUUGCCAAUCAAGAUAAUAACAUGCUAGAAGGAGAAGUAGCAAAAUUUGCUAAAUUGUGGAAUGAUUCUCAUUGUGAACUAUAUCCUGGAAGUCAAAAAUAUUCAAAACUCUCUUUUCUUCUUAAGAUGAUUAAUAUCAAAGCACUCACAAAUUCUAGUAAUAAGUCAUUUUUUUCGAAUUUGGAGUUGUUCAAGGAUGCACUCCCGAGAGGAGAAACCCUUCCAAGCUCAAGUUAUGAGGUUAAAAAAUUGAUGCGUGAUUUAGGACUCGGUUACGUAACUAUUGAUGCUUGUGUAAAUGAUUGUGUGCUAUUUUGGAAGGAAAAUGAAAAUCUUGACACGUGUCCAACUUGUAAGGCCCCUAGAUGGAAAUUAGGUUUCGGAAAACGCAAGAAGGUUGCUCAAAAAAUUCUUAGACACUUUCCUUUAGUACCUAGACUUCAGAGGUUAUUUAUGUCUAAAGAUAUUGGUGAAAAUAUGAGGUGGCAUAAGGAGAAACGUGUAGAUGAUGAUACAAUUAGACAUCCAGCUGAUGCUACGGAAUGGAAAGAUUUUGACCAGAAAUAUGCUUGGUUUGGCAAAGAUGCUCGUAACGUGCGACUUGGGCUUGCUAGUGACGGAUUUAACCCUUUUGGAAAUAUGAGCACGAGUUAUAGCAUGCGGCCGGUGAUUGUGACGCCAUAUAACUUACCACCAUGGAAAUGCAUGAAGGAGAAUUUUUUGAUGUUAUCUUUGCUUAUUCCUGGUAAGGAAUCUCCUGGAAAUAAUAUCGAUGUAUAUUUAAGGCCAUUAAUUGAUGAGUUAAAAGAGUUAUGGGAGACCGGUGUGACAACAUAUGAUGCAUAUAGCGUGAAGCAAUGUUACAUGGGUCAUCGGAGAUAUUUACAUGCCCAACAUUCUUGGAGAAAAAGCAGAAAAUUUGAUGGCAAACCAGAGCACGGGCCAAAGCCUGAAGAGUUGUCAGGAGAUGAAGUUCUAAGGCAAUUAGAUUUGCUUAAUAACUCGGCGUAUGUGGUGACAAAUAAAAAUGAAUUAAACCGAAAAGCAGGAAAAAUUGGUCGAAAAUGUACUGUCCUUACCGAUGGAUUGGCUAAAGAAAGUUGUCGAUAA